UGUCAGUCCCCGAGCGAGCGCCGGUGGCGGGGCGGGUAGCCGGGCAGCCGGCAGGCAGCUGCAGGUGGGGCUGCUCACGACUGGGUACCUAGCCCCAGAGCCCUGGAGCCCCGCCGGGAGUGCCGACGAUGCCCCGCGGGGACUCAGAGCAGGUGCGCUACUGCGCGCGCCUGUCCUACCUCUGGCUCAAGUUCUCGCUCAUCGUCUACUCCACAGUGUUUUGGCUGAUUGGGGCCCUGGUCCUGUCGGUGGGGAUCUACGCAGAGGUUGAGCGGCAGAAAUACAAAACCCUCGAAAGUGCCUUUCUGGCCCCGGCCAUCAUCCUCAUCCUCCUGGGGGUCAUCAUGUUCAUCGUCUCUUUCAUUGGCGUGCUGGCUUCCCUCCGUGACAACCUGUGCCUUCUCCAAGCGUUUAUGUACGUCCUUGGGAUUUGCCUCAUCAUUGAGCUCAUUGGUGGCGUGGUGGCCUUGAUCUUCCGGAACCAGACCAUCGACUUUCUGAAUGACAACAUUCGAAGAGGCAUUGAGAACUACUAUGAUGAUCUGGACUUCAAAAACAUCAUGGACUUUGUUCAGAAGGAGUUUAAGUGCUGCGGCGCGGAAGACUACCGAGACUGGAGCACAAACCAGUACCACGACUGCAGCGCCCCUGGACCCUUGGCCUGCGGGGUGCCCUACACCUGCUGCGUCAGAAACACGACAGAAGUUGUGAACACCAUGUGUGGCUACAAAACUAUUGACAAGGAGCGCCUCAGCGUGCAGGACGUCAUCUACGUGCGGGGCUGCACCAACGCUGUGCUCAUCUGGUUCAUGGACAACUACGCCAUCAUGGCCGGCCUCCUGCUGGGCAUCCUGCUCCCCCAGUUCCUGGGGGUGCUGCUGACAUUCCUGUACAUCACCCGGGUGGAGGACAUCAUCAUGGAGCACUCGGUCACCGAUGGGCUCCUGGGGCCCGGCGCCAAGCCCAGCGUGGAGGCAGCCGGCUCGGGCUGCUGCAUGUGCUACCCCAGUUAGGGCCGCCGGGCGGCGGCCGCAGCAGGACCACGCCAGGAGAGCAGCGCUCGGGCCGCGGUGAAAGGCUGGACGGCCCGUGGCCCUCUCCCACUCGGCACGGACCGGAGCCCAGCCCGUUCGCUCUGGG